CUCGUUGGACAGCCUUUCUGACAACCCAACCUGCUCUAACUGCGGCCGAUCUUUCCACACUUCAUGGAGACGUAGGUAGCUCCUCACGCAGAGAUGGAUGCAUAUCCACCCGAAUACGUCCUUCACAACCUCCCGUUUAUCGUCCUCUCUGGCCUAGAAGCCAAACCAGAGCUUGAAUCGCUUCCCGAUAUCCAACAUGUCAUGCCCGGCAGGGCUGCCACCACUGUCAAUUCAGAGAUACCCCCUGUAACCGGCAAGCGUGCACAACUAUUGCGUUCAGAAUUUCUUGCCGCUGAUGAAAGCGAUGCCCCAUGGAACGGGCGUACGCGCAAGGGAAACCUAUUAGGAUUCAGGCUACGGGCAGUAGGGAGGCAUUUCCAAUUUCCUCCUCGGAAAGCUGACCCCCCUACCUUGUCUGGCCUGAUAUCUCCCCCUGGCAGCCCCACGAUUGCACCCACUACGUCGUGGAUCCUGCACUCCCCAAUAUCGCCCUUGACUCCUACCUCCUCGGUCUUUCCCGACGGGGUUCUGGCACCGUCAUGGGUGGCCAAACACCAGCAUUAUGUUCCCUCGGUCUUCAUAUCCUUCUUUGCAUUUACUUCUGACCCGAACUUGAACAGCCUUCAUGACAAUCAGCUGAAGACGGAAAUCAACAAGAUCAAAGGUCAGAUUCUAAAAUCAGAAUACCGAACGCGAUAUGCGGUUGUGCUUUUGAGUGACAAAACGAUCCUUGAGGCUCCUGAUAUUGAAGAACGUCUGGCAACAAUACGACGUGCUACAGGCCUCGAUCCCAAGAAUUCCCUGUUUUUCUUGCCGCCAAACACUUCUCAAGUCGAGCUCCGCUCCUUUGUACUCACAGUCCUUGGCACAUUGCAGCCCAUUUGCGUGGAAUACUACAGAGACCUCACGAAACAUGCGCGGAGGAAAAAGGGCAGAGGGCAUGUGCCACCUCCGACCGCACCGCCCACUAGGGGCACAUCGCAAACCUUGUCUCAUCCGGCUUGGGGUGUGCGAUACGACUUUAAACUCGGAGUCUUUGCAGAGUUCCGCCAAGAGAUGGACGCAGCGCAGAGGCACUACAACAUUGCGCUGGAUGGAUUGUUUGGGCAAGACGGAAUCUUUGAAACUACUGCAAGCUGGUCACCAAGAUGGGAUGAAGUCCGGUUGCUGGCUGAUGCCAUUGCACUUCGACACAUUCGCUGUCAACUUUGGAAUAGCUAUCCAACCUCCGCAGUGAAAACAUGGCUGAAAUACAAGAUAAGAUUGCGCGACUUAGUUGAUCGUCGCGGAAAGGGAUCAUCGAACUAUGGCUGGGAAGCAUGGGAGUCUCGGUGGGCUAAAAUCAUGGCUCAGCUAAUGCAGCGGGCAGAACUUCCCCUAUUCAAGAUCCCGCAGCCCGUCUCAGACGCCGACCCACUAGUAGAUGGAAUUAAUACGCUCUUUGCACCACCGGAGAAAUACUUCAAUGCGACAGACAAGAUUGCGCCUUGGGAGCUUCUCCACCACCCUGGCUACUGGUAUAAAGUCUCGGCGGACCACUCAAAAAGGCGACUAGUUCUAGCUCGAGAGAUUCCUGAAGAAGAUCGAACGCCACCAGGAAUGUCGCCAGCUACCAAGGUCUCGAACAGAAACCAAAUGUAUGACCACUAUCUUGUCCCCGAACCCCAUCUAGAAAGUCCAAUAGAAGGGACUACUGGGGGGUUCGAGCAUUGGAAAGACAUUGUGGAGAACCUGAACUCCGCGGCCAUUGAGUUCAACGCUCGAGAACAAACUCGCAAAGUGGAGCAAUUACAAUUGGAAGUCUCCCGAACAUUGCUCCACGUUAAGAGAUACGAGGAUGCUUUCAAAGUACUUCGACCCCUCUGGCAGAGCAUGUCCUGGAGGUACGAAGGAUGGUGGAAUCUUGCGUCGGAGGUUCUCUGGGCUCUACAUGAGUGCGCUCUUCGUAUUCAGGAUCCAGAAACAUUCCUUGCCACUGAGUGGGAACUUUAUUCCAAAGUCUUUUCUGCAAAGUCUAGGUAUAGACAUGACUUGAUGAGAUGCCUUGACCAGUUUCCUCAUGACAACUCGCACGGCAAGUCAAGUGUCAGCCUCAGCACCAAAGACUUUAUCUCAUGCUUGGACGUCUCAUUUACUUUCUCGGAAUUAGAAGGAAACGUUGGCGAGCCUCUCCAUUCACAGAUAGCAGUCACUUCAACAGCGAGACUUGGCGCUGCUCCGAUUAUCUUGUCCACUCUGACGUUCCAAUUCAGAGGCUGUCUUAGCGAGAUCCAGUUAUCCCACAAGGCCAAUGAGUCGACAUCUAGGAAUGCGUCUGACCUGCUCGAGUGUGUACUUGAAGAAACAACCUCAUCGACUAGAAACGAACAAAAGCCUCGGUGGAUUGGAAACUCUGACUUGACCAUUCAUCCAGGGCAGACGAAAGUCUACAGUUUCCCUAUCAUAUUCCGUGAAGCAGGCGACGUUGAUGUCGUCGGGAGUGUAUUCGAGAUCAACACGGAUCGAUUUGAUCUUGUCUGCUCACAUCCUAAUCUCGAGAGCGAUGGUCUGCCCUUGUGGUGGCUGAAGGCUGGAUCGAAGCUGAGGUCCCGGAAAUUGAACAGAGAGUCUGCGAUAUCAGUCAAGAUCUUGCCCAAGCCGCCCAAGAUGGAGAUCCGGUUACCGGACUUGCGCGACCACUACUACACGGACGAGCCUGUUAGUCUUGACAUCGAGAUCUUUAACAAGGAAGAGGAAGAAACUGAAGCCGUUGUCGAAGUGAGACUCCUUGGGCGAUCAAAGGACACUCUGGCUUACUCCUGGGUUGACGGCGCCGCUUCUUCUUCACCGGGUCCAGAGGCAACCCCAGCACACCCGGCUGAUGGUCCCGCAGAAGCCAACCUACCAGGCCACAUUCUCGGCCGUCUAGCCCAGGGCGCGAGCAAUACGGAGACAAUUCACUUCAGAGCGCCCUCGGAGCCCUCGGACUACGCGCUGGAAGUUAAGGUUCUAUACAAUCUCCUCAGCGAUCGAGACAUACCGAUAUCCAAGACACUAAUAGCCGACCUAGUCUUCAACGGACCAUUUGAAGCAAGCUACGACUUCACGCCUCGAGUUCAUCCCGACCCCUGGCCCAGCUAUUUUGCGCUCCAAGAUGCUGAAACGAACGACCCAGUUGCCGGUGCUGCGUUUGGUAUUGCGCAGAAAUGGCAUUUGAGGGCGAAAGUAGCGUCGUUUGCAGAAGAUGAUCUCAUUAUCAAAGAUAUGGGUCUCGAGACGCACGCCAUUCAUGGCGGCGCAAACUGUACUACAACAAAAGAAUUCGACGGCUCAGACACGCUCAUGAGCCCGCAAGAUAUCAGCGAACGCUCCUUCUGCCUUGAUGUCCGGAAACUUAAUCUCGAAGAACGGCGGGCCACAGCUCUAGAUAUGAGCCUCAACAUCGCAUGGCAGCGCUCCAACUCCGACACUAAGUCCUCCCACCCAACAGUUACAACCAAUCUCCCCAUUCCUCGCAUCCAUAUCCCUAGUAGCGAACCCCGUGUCCUCGCCACCGCCCUCUCAUCCACGACAGUUCCCUCCCUCAUCCAUAUGGACUACACACUCGAGAAUCCCACGAUGCAUUUCCUGACUUUUGAGCUGAGUAUGGAGGCGAGUGAGGAGUUUGGCUUCAGUGGGCCGAAGUUGAGGAGUUUGCAUCUGUUGCCGAUGAGUCGGCAGACGGUCAGGUAUAAUAUUUUCCCGUUAGUGAGCUUGGCCUGGGUUACGCCGCAGUUGAGGGUUGUGGAUCGGUACUUUAAUAAGACGUUGAAGGUGGUGGCGACGGAUGGGGUGAGGGGGGAUAAGAAGGGCGUCGGGGUUUGGGUGCAAGGGGAUGGAGAGGAGACGGAGACGGAGUAGUGAUUUGAGGGAUUAGGG